AUGCCUCCAAGACUCUCCCUUCGCCAACUGGGGCGCUCUAUCCAGCAGACACCCGCGCCAAUUUCUCGAACCGCCGCCAGCUUGACACGCUGCUUCUCGAGCCAAGGCCCCUCGCUUUCGCAGCCUCCGCGGAGCUGGACACCGACGCCGUUCGUUACAGAGACAGUGGGAGGUAGUUGGCAUACUUAUGAUAUCUUCUCUCGAUUGAUGAAGGAACGCAUCAUUUGUCUGAACGGUCAAGUCGACGAUACCCUCUCCGCCUCGAUCGUUGCCCAGCUCCUCUUCCUUGAAGCCGACAACCCCGCGAAGCCUAUCCACCUAUAUAUCAACUCUCCAGGAGGCUCUGUGACAGCAGGUACGACCUACGGACCCGUUGUCCAAUUCUACCCGCCUCCAAUCUCAACAGAUACAAAAUCGCUAACACUCCUAGGCCUGGCAAUUUACGACACCAUGACAUACAUCUCCGCGCCUGUGAGCACAAUCUGCGUGGGCCAAGCUGCCUCAAUGGGCUCCCUCCUUCUUGCCGGUGGCCACCCCGGCAAGCGGUACUGUCUCCCGCAUUCCUCCAUCAUGGUCCACCAGCCCUCCGGUGGGUACUUCGGGCAGGCGAGCGACAUUGCCAUUCACGCGAAAGAAAUCCUGCGCGUGCGCACUCAACUCAACCAGAUCUACCAGCGUCAUCUCACCGGCAAGCAGCAGUUAUCUCUCGAGGAGAUCGAGAAGAUCAUGGAAAGAGAUUACUUUAUGGGCGCGAAGGAGGCUCUGGAUCUUGGAGUCAUUGAUGAGAUCUUGGAUCGUCGGGUUCAAAAAGACUCCGGAGAGGAAUCUAAGCCUCCUACUGCGUAG